CUGGGGGCAACAUGUCGGGGCUGAACAUGAUGGAGCUUGAGGGUUGUCGAGACCUGCUAGGUCUAAUAGAAACUCCCGAUAUCCUUGCGCUAUGCGACACCAUUACCAACCGCUUGGUUCAGCCCCAGAACCGCCAAGCUUUUAGAAACCUAGUUCCGAGGAGUCCAUAGACAUAGCCUUUCUACUUACCCCGAAAUCUGCACCAACUAUCGCACUGUUUAAAGAGAAAGCUGAGAACUAGAGGGGGUGAAGUGACUUGCCCGAAAUCAGAGGUGGGCUGGGGGUCCCCUGGCUGCAUUUUGAACUCUUAAGGAGCGAGUUACAGAAUUCGAACGUUGUCACCAAAUACCUGGAUGAGCCAGAGGAAGCCUGUUUACCAUAUGAAAAACUAAGGGAUUUAAGACGACUUGCAAAGCGCAGCUGUAAAUCUGAUUAAGAAGUGGUCAGAAUUUGAACUCGGGUCUAGGUGGCAAGAGCAGCUAGGGAGCGCUGGCCCUGGAGUAAGGAGAUAAGACUUAAAUCUGGCCUCAUCCUCUUAAUAACUGUGACUUUGGACAAGUCACUUAACUAUGCUUCAGUUCUUUUAUCCGAAAAAUGAUCUGGAGAAAGAAAUGGCAAACCACCGCAGUAUCUUUGCCAAGAAAACACGAAAUUGGGCAUCGUGUAUAGAGCUUUGGACUUUGGAGUCAGGUAAAUAUGCCAUUCGUGCAAUAUUAGCUUACAGUCAAAGUGCUGAAGAACUUUUGAAGAGAAAGAAAGUGCACAGAGAAAUCAUAUUUAAAUAUCUAGCAACAAAAGGAAUAAUUGUACCCCCAGCUUCUGAAAAGCACAAUCUUAUUCAGUAUGCAAAAAAUCACUGGAACAAGGAGUUGAACUUGGUGAAUGAAACAUGGGAGAGCGUUUCAAAGACAGACAUCAUACGAUCUGAACAAGAAAAAGGAGAAAAAGAAUAUGAACAAUUUGACGAGUGUUACAAGUUAGGAGAAGAAUUUUGCCAGUGGUUCUUUGAGCUUCUCAACUCUCAGAAUCCUUUAUUUGGACCCCCCCAAGAACAAUGGGGACCACAGCACUUCUGGGAUGAUGUCAAGCUAAAAUUUUGUUACAAUACAUCAGAACAAAAUGUGAUAGACUAUUAUGGUUCAGAACUGGUGAGCCUUCGUUUACUAUCUCUGGUGAAAGAAGAGUUUCUUUUUCUUAAUCCUAACCUAGAUUGCAAUGGCCUGAAGUGUGUAGCUACUCCACAUGGAUUAGUUAUAGUUGCAGUUGCUGGCACUGUCCACCGAGGCAGCGUUUGUUUAGGUAUCUUUGAACAAGUAUUUGGACUCAUCCGCAGUCCUUUUCUAGUAAACACUUGGAAAAUAAAAUUUGUCAAUCUGAGGAUUGUUGGACAGAAUUCCAUUGAAUCUGGAGUGACAGUGGAAAAACCUUCAAAUACACUGGGAUGCAGUGCAGGAGAACCGUAUAAUGGAAAUGGAACAACGUGUAGUAGAAAUGAAGCAUUGCUUACUGAAACCUCUGCUUUGUGUGGUGGAAAUGAAAACCAGGCACCAUGUCGUAAAAAUGAGGCAUCAUUUCAUGCGUGUCAACUGGAAUUAACUAAUCCUCCAAAACAAUGAGUACAUCAGUAUGUCUAAUUAAAAAACCUUUUUAUUCAGAAUCUCUUCAGCUUAUGUGGUACCAGUAUUGCUCAAAUGAUUUCAGGUUUGCAGGGUUUGUCUCAAUUGAGAUACUUUUGUUGACUAUAGACUAAAAAUUAAUGGUCAAUACUUAUCUCUUUCCACUUCGGUUUGGGCAAAUAUUGUGAGAUUUUGAUGAAGUUCAUCAAAUAAAAUCUCACUUUAGAUUUUAUAGUUAAUAAUGUGCCUUAGAAAUCAAGUGAGUUUCAUUUUAUAUUUCUGAAAUUCUAAUUCUUUCAAAAUGUCUUUAUAACAGAGAAAAAUGUGUAAUGAUGUGACUAUUUCCUUGCUAAGUUCUUAUUUUAAGUUGUAUAUAUGUGUAGUUGGAUGUUUCGGAAGCAUGUUUCAUUGAGCAGCUGUAAUGGAAAGCAAAGUGGUCAUUUCCCCAUUUGAGUUUCUGAAUGGUAGCCUUCAUACAAAAUCAGAAAAUUGAGCUACUGGAUGACAAACUCUUAUAUUUAUUUAUUAAGGGAAAAUUCUAGGGGUCGGUGCUAUGACUAUUCAUUGUGCAAACAUCACAAAAUUAAAACAUCAAAACAUUUUCUCAAACUAUUUUGGCAGAAUAUAUUGACACAUAUUGAUUUCAAAAUGAGCAAACACUGAUCCUUAUUCAUGCCUAGUUGAUAAAAGAGGCAGCUUUUCACUACAACACCUUUCUAUUCUAAAAUCAUCUUAAUUAGCCUAAAUUUUUUUAAAAUAGUAAAUUCUACUCUCAAGGUUUUUUUGGUGGGGUUUUUUGCUUAAUUUGUGAUAUACACUUUUGAGUUAUAUACUUCAAUUGCCAUAAAUAAAAAAUGAAAACAAA